AAAUCAGUGCAUUGAAUAUUGACGGGCUGAAUAUUCGUUCUCUCGGCAUGCCAAAGCCGUUCAUUCGAGGUGGUCGUGCUGGUGGACGAUGCUCGUCUUAUGAGGUGGUCAUCCACAGCGCGUUCCUUCCUAUCCUGCCGACUCACAGCAUCGAAGGGUCCGCCCUUUCCUACCUCAGAACCACCACUAUCCUGCACGCGCACACAUCUUCUCUUUAAUUUAUUUUCAAUCUUACACUCUCACCCAAUACUCAAUCACUUUGGUUCCUACUUCGAGCCUCCAAUUGCGCCCUCUUUGAUCGUGCGUAUUCAGACAUGGCACCAUCUUCCGUCGCCAGUGACGCCUCAGGCAACGAUGACAGCUUCAUCGUCGACAUUGACACCAUUCAGGCCCACGGCAUCGGUGCCGUCGAUAUCGCGAAGCUCAAGGCCAAUGGCUACUACACGAUCGCCGCUGUGCACUCCGCGACGAGGAGGACUCUUCUGAAAAUCAAGGGCUUCAGCGAGAUCAAGGUUGACAAGGUCAAGGAUGCAAUUGCAAAGUGUCAGGUAUAUUCCCGAAAAGACUACCUCCAAUAGAACUUCCGGCUGAUGCUCGUUUCCUAGCCCUCCGGUGGGGGAUUUCAGAC